GAUUGCAAUUUGCCAAAAAACGCAAAGAAGACGAUGAUUUCCCCCAGGUCGUACAGUGCAGUUAACUUAGCUUGUUGAUAAUUAUUUAUUUUUUAAACAUGUUUAUUCCUCGUAUGUAACUAGCAGUAGCGUAGAAAUCAGUAAAAGAAAUUCACAGCGGUAAACGUUAACGUUAGUGAUACAGUAAAGCUAGGCUUAUUGCUAGUUUAGCAAGCUUCUAGCUAACGCUACCUAGCUUAGGCAAUAGCCCUAGCGUGUUAGGGUAACUUGGUCAGCAAGAGGCAACAAUUCAUAUCGAAAGCGUCGAAAUUGCAGAUAAAGUAUGACGCUGAAGUCAGGAGAGGAGCGUCUGAAAGAGAUGGAGGCUGAGAUGGCUCUUUGGUCAGAGGCUGCAGGUGAUGCGUGGUCCUCCAAUAGCACCUCCUCUGCCCCGACCUCCUCCACCUCCUCCCAUGAUGCUCCCUCCCACCCUGCAGGGCCAGACAACUCAGGGUCCUUCCCAGCCCAUACAGCACAUGGCUGCGGCACCUCAGGUCGGUGAGAUGGUCUCGAUGGUGUCUGCCCCGAACUCGAGACAAGGACCCCCGCCUCCCAUUAAACCAACACCAUCAAUCAUCCAGGCUGCACCGACCGUGUACUCUGCUCCUCCUGCCCCCCCUGGACAUAAAAGAAAUGAUGUUAGAGCUCAGAGACAAGCCAGAAUGGAGGAACUGGCGGCCCGCGUUGCAGAGCAGCAGGCAGCAGUGAUGGCAGCAGGUCUACUGGACAAGAAGGAGAGUGAAGACAGCAGCACCGUAAUUGGACCUAGCAUGCCUGAGCUUGAGCCUCCCCCCACUGAGCCUGUGGAAAGUGCUACAGAAGACAAAAAGAAAGCAAAGGUGGAGAAAGUGAAGAAGUGUAUCCGUACUGCAGCAGGGACCAGCUGGGAGGACGCCAGUCUGUUGGAGUGGGACCCAGAUGAUUUCCGUAUAUUCUGUGGUGAUCUUGGUAAUGAGGUCAAUGAUGACAUCCUGGCCAGAGCCUUCAGCAGAUACCCGUCUUUCCUCAAAGCUAAG